AUGUCGGACCCUCGGAAUGUACUACCCGAGUCUAUGGAUGGACAACUGCAGAAUUCCAUCUCAUCUUCUGCGCAGCUGCACGGUGAUCUAGUACACCCAGCAGACAAGAAUGCUCUCUUGGUCGGGAAGCCUGCGACCAAUGUACGAGCUCCCAAGCCCGCCAACCUGACUUGGUCCCAAGUGCAGCAAGUCGACAAUGACCAACAUAUGGGAUCUGGCGCUCUGAGUAGCGGACCGGUGUCGCCGAUAUCACCUGGCGACUCGUCUGAAGCGUUGCGAACGCCAGGUGUUUCAGAGCGGCAGAAGUACGCGUACAGGCAACCGUCAUCCCCCGGUGGGAACUCACAGUUGCCUCCGCGUCUUCAUUCCCCGGCGUCGCAAAUCUUUGAGCGAAGUGUUCAAGAAGACAUGCUUCCUCAGCAAGCUUCUCCGUCCAUACCCGCACAUAUUCGCACCGAGAACUACAUUCCCCCAGUACUGGAGGCCUCGUCAGCUGCCAUCACCGACGAGCAAUUGGACCCGGAUUCAGUGGAAAUCAUCACUCAUAGUAUGCACCAGUCUGCUGCCGCUGGUGUGACUGGCACGUCUACAGCAGAGCACUCACUGGCGUCCUCCGGCUUUGUUGAUCAUGCGGGCUUCCACUCUAUCGAGGCUGAUGAAGGCUCAUCUAGUCAUGCAGCACUGGACUCGACGGACGUUCGCCGGCUGAGUUUCAUCUCUUUCGCCGAUGUAGUCAAUGCUGAACAUGCAGAGACGGGGGAAUCAGUGUAUAGUCGAGAGCCCUCCCAGGUUGGAGGAUCCUCAAGCCAUCCGAUUGGAGCCGGACACCAUAAUCGCUCGCCGUCCCCGUUGCAUUCUCCCGCUUCUUCUCAUGGACUGGGCACAUCUCCGCCAACCAGCCUUGCGACCUCAUUCAAAGGGCUCGAAAUGUCACCCAACCAUGGCACGCGCGGGCCAGGAAGUCCACUCCCAUUAGCCCAAAGCCCAGUUUCUUCCAGUUUCGGCGGUGAACUCAACGUUGAAACGAUGCGACAAGCUCUGAGACGAACGGGUAGUGGGGAUCUUGGCGGGUUUGCCAGCCAGCCAGCUAGUGCCAUCGGCAACGAUGAGCCUUUGGAUCGUCAUUUCUGA